AUGGUCACACCAUCAGCGACCAUUCUCCCCUCGUGUGUGAAACUUGGUGGCUCGAAGCUGCCUCAAUCACAGCCCUGGGGAUAUUUCCCUCCAAGGGGCGGGCGGCAGAAGCCUAGACUGAACGGCGAUAUCGAGGGUGGCCCGAACGCCAAUCACCGCACUGGCACCUCGGCGCACUCAGCUGUGCACUUCGGUUCGCUUCACCAUGACGAGGCAGCCGCUAUUGGCAAGCGCCCGAUGGCUGCGUGGAAGGCCCAGCCCAGUCGAGAUGGCGGCCUGCGUGGCGGCCCGUUGGAAGUGAGAUAG